GCUCGUCCUCCACGUUGGAAGCACGUUGUGCGCGUCUGUUUUCCGUCGAUAUUGUAUCUAAAAGAACAACUCGUCUAAUCUUUUGGCAAGCUGACGUACUCCUUUCAGUUAGUGUUUAUCAAAGAAAAGUGGUCCAGUGCAGUGAACUAAAUCUUGAGAUGUGGCAAUUAUAAGUGAAGUGUUGCUAUGUGUAGAGCGCAGAAUUAAAUAAAUGAACGCACGAGGCGAAGCUGUGUCGACGAGGAAGAGACAAAUGGAAAGAUAGUGUUGGGAUAACGUGAUCUCAUGAACAGCGGUACGUAAAUUUCGAUCUUCUUAAGAUCGAAAAUCCGAUUAUGGGACAUGAGCAACGAGCACGAUCCGCGAGUGUCUGGGAAAUUCGAGCGUAAGUCAGACGGUGCUUCAUGUGCAGAAGCAAGCUAUCAAGGUCAAAGGAAGGUAGGCCAUUCUUCGAGAACGAUUGACACAGUUCAAAAUGUGUUGGAUCGAGAGCCGGUUGAAAAUUUGUCGGAAGUUGGCGUGCGAGGAAGAAUCGGUGAACCAGCAAAGUAUUCCCAGAGCGCGGCGGAGACGGAUUCCCAGAAAGACUCGUCUUGGCAGACAAUUCAAGUUUCUCACGAUGGUUUUCUUCCAAGGAGCAGCGAAAGUUGCUCGGAAUGUAUCGGCGGCGAAGCAGGAAAUCUUGCGUGGAAAACAAAGGGAAACGUCGCGGAACAUGGUGAUUUACAGGCCGUUUGGAAUUUGAAAGCGGCCUCGUCGAAAAGCAGCGAGGACAGGCAGCUGUUAUUGGGGAUAAACGAAAAUCUACCGGCAGAUUUGAAAGAAAAAUACUUCUGGCGACCGGAACCAAGCAAUUCGCAGAAAAUGACUGAAUAUUUCUUCGCGGACUCGAAGGAACGUUCUCGGACUAACAACCGAGCGACUUCCAUAGGGACAGACGACUCGCAAAGUCGCUGCAAGUCGAGAAAUCGUGAGAAUCAUCAGUGGAAAUUGCAAGCCAGUUCUCCUUUAGCCCGAACUCCCACGUUCGCGAAUUUGGCAUUGGACGUGUCUUACGCAGGGUUGGACAUCUCUGGUUUCCUGGAUACCGAAUCUUCCAGGAGGCUCGAAACUGAUCCGCCCGAGUUCUGGGAAGACUUCAGCGUGGUCGAGUGUCUGGAGAACAAAUCGUCGUCGUACGACGAAAGUACGCCGGAAGAACGAGUGGAGGCGCUGAAAGAGGUUUUGGCGGAAACCGAUAUACACGAAGGCGAUGGAAUCGUGUCAGACUUUCUGUUUCACGUUGCCAGAACAAAAUAUGGCAAGAUAUAUAUCAGAGUUAUCAGAACAUUGCUCCUUAAUCGAGUUUUAUGUAGCAACCGGGUGAGCCAAAUGACCAAGACCUAUAAUGACAUAGAAGCAGUUACAAGGCUUCUGGAGGAGAAAGAAAAGGACUUGGAACUAACCGCACGUAUCGGUAAAGAACUUCUAUCGCACAAUCAAAAACUCGAAGCCACAGUUACCAGUUUAGAGACCGAUUUAAAGGAAGCCAAUGAAAAUAUUACCCAACUUACACACGAACUCGCAAAAAAGACAGAAUUAAUCCAAAUAUUAACAAAUGAUGUCGAAGAAUCAAGUUCCGAAGCCGGUUCGCCCACCGGACUUCGCAGUAUCAACCUUGACAUGAUGCAGAAAAAGAUCAGCUGCCUCGAGGAUGAAAAUAAGCAAUUAAGAACUGAAUUCGCGAAAUUGAUGCACGAUGCCGACAAUUCGGAGGAACAAGAAGCAAAACUUGUCAAAGAUAUUGCCGCUCAACUCGCAACUGCAAAUAUGGAGGUAGAUGGAAUUUCGGAUGAGCUUGAUAAACAGAAGGAAGAAAAUCGAUUGCAACACGAACAAAUUGUCAAUUUGACAGCAAAACUAGCUAAAACAGAACUGAGAUUGGCGCAGUUGAUGGCUGAGCAUGAUGAAAUGAGCGCUACUUUGCACAUCACCAAGGAUAAUCAAAACACUCUAGCGAACGAGUUGGCUGAAUUCAAAGAACGAUAUGCUGAGGUGAUAAAUUUAUUGACGGAAACUCAAGAACAACUGCGAAAACAAAGACACAAAGGUAUGCCAACUGUUAGGGGAGGCUCUUUGUUUCCUUCGAUGGGCGCUGUUCCACAAGCAGACUCCAUAGCUUCAGAAUUGGAAUCAUCGCUUUAUUCUGAAUUCAGUUUGGAUUCUGGCAUCAUUGCAGAUAGGAUACCAACAUAUAAGAAAGUUUUUGAAACAGUGAGGAGCGCAUCAAGAAAUACAUCUUAUCCAGCUGAUGCAAAUCAAUUCCCGCGAAUAGGUUCAAUGACAGUAUCAACUCUAUCAAGCAGUUCUACUGGACCACGAAUGAGUUGUGGUCAGCCUCGACCUGUGGCAUCAAUUCCUGGCGUGGAUUCCAUUGGACAUAGCGAUACAGAAGAGUUUGAAGAUUAUCCAGGUCCACAAAAAAUAGGAGUGCCAGGUGCUCCUGGUGCAGCAGAUUUAGAAGUAGCACUCCGUAGAUUAACACCUGCAGAAGUUCUUACAAGGCGUGCUUGUCUUAGCACUGGAACAGGAUAUACUUAUGACUAUGAUGCUGGAGUGCAUUCACCUUCCACUUCUGCACCUCAUGGUUGUAGAACUCCAGACAGUAUUAUGUCUACUGGAAGUAGUGGAAAUUUAAGUGGCUAUGGUGGAAAUACUUGGAGAGUUCCUGAGAAGUUACAAAUAGUGAAACCUAUUGAAGGUUCUCAAACUUUACAUCAUUGGACUCGAUUAGCUACACCUACACUAGGUGGUCUUUUAGAAGAACGGCCAGGAGUAAAAACAAGAGGAGGUAAAGGCCUGGAGGAUUUAGGCCUAGUUACUUUCACUUUAAGCGAUCUUGAAGAAGAUGAAGAAUACACUAACCCUGGAAAAGUUUUUCAAGAUACAGGUUCCAUAUAUACAUUCACCAAUAGUACUGUUCUUCAUCCUGAUGAUCACAGAAAUGUCACUCCAAGUAUUGUGGAUAGUACUGCCGAAACAGCACCUAGUAGUGCUUUAAAUUCUGGUAUGAGUACUCCAAGCACGUUAAGCAGAAAAAAUUCAACUUCAACUUCAACAUUUUCAACAACCCUUGGACUUGCAAAAAUGUUAAACGAAAGAGUAGGUAUAAAAGCUGUAUCACCUUCUUCAUUAACGCCGAGUGGAGAGAGGAAUUAUACGCCCACUGCAACACCUUGCAAUAGUCCUGAUGCUAGUCCUCCAGAUAGUCGAUGUAGUACACCAACUCCAGAAGGUAGACUUUCUUUAGGAUUAUUAUCCAGUGGAGCUGAAUUGUUAAAGAGAACAUUCGGUGGAGAAACUCAGGCAAAGAGAAAACGACCCGAAUUAUCCAGAUCAGAUAAAAAAGCUCUUACCAGUAUCCGUUUAGUUGAGAAACUUGAAAGAAUAGGCAUUGACACAAUAAUGGCUUCAACGUAUGGUUCAUCUUUCUCUCCAUUAGUGUUACCAGGAUCUUUAUAUACCAGGCAUGCUACUGUAAGCCCCAUGGCUCAGUUAACUUUCCUGAGAAACUCCAUGAGUGGGAAUCAAGAGAAACUUUCACCUUCUUCCACUGCUAGUGAUUCCUCGACGACAAAACGAAACAUAAUUGACAAAAAACAAGACGAGUCUAUACCAAACAGGGAAUCUAGGCAAAGAAGAACUUGUGCUAGAGCCAUGAGAUCUGAUCUCGGACAGGUUACAUCUGCUGCAGUCCCUGUUACGGCUGCAAAAGAACCUCCUGCGCAAUCCGCUUUGGGAAGUAUUAGCUCGCUGCUGUUUGGACGAAAAGGUGGAUUACUUUGAAACCAUUGUUUAUUGAGUAUUGACUAAAUUAUAAAGGAAAAGCCAGAUAAGUUUUUAACAGAACGUAAUAUGCGAUUGUCGGAGCGGUGAUAAAAUGAAAAAUUUACUUCAUUUCAUCUGUAUCACAGUUGUUUUAUCAAAAAAUGUCGAUAAAAAUCUCUAUUUUAUUCACAAACAUUUCACCAUGUUUUUUUCACAAGAAUACAAAAUUUAAUUUUUAAUGUACCAAAAAAAAAAAAAAAAAAGAAAAGAGAAAGAAAAAGGAACGAAGUUAAAUAUCACACACAAGCUUAUGUGCCAUUAAUUAUGUGUCCUAAUAUUAACCCUUUGCGCUCGAGGACUUUUUCAGUUGGGCGAAGUAGCAAUUCGAGAUGAUUUAGCGCAUAUGUGACACGUGCUAGUGUACUGCUAGUGUAAAAUGAUUUUAUACACUAAUAUACAAAAA